GUUACUCUGGCAACGUUUGGUUGUUUUUGGUUGUAGCCUUUUAGUUGGCUUGUGAAGUUGUCAAAUAUUGUACAACAUAUCCAAUUUGAUGCCAAAAAUAAGCUCAGACACGCUAUGGGAGCAGGCGGUGGCGGAGGUCCUCUCGCGGGAGGCUGAGGGUGGGGAGGCGGACGGAGGGGAGACGGUCAGCGAGAGGACCGUGUUUCUGAUGGGGAGCAAGGCUGGGGGUAAAACGUCCAUUCUCCUUAGAUGCCUCGACAGAGACGAACCAUCUAAGCCAACUCUAGCACUGGAGUACACUUUCGGACGACGGGCCCGAGGACACAACACACCCAAAGACAUAGCCCACCUAUGGGAGCUAGGAGGAGGGACCUCUUUGUCAGACUUGGUCCAGAUCCCCAUCACUCCUGUCAGCGUCAAGUCUCUCUCUGUCAUCCUCAUUCUGGACUUGUCCAAACCCAAUGCCCUGUGGGGAACCAUGGAAAAGCUGCUUCAGGCAACACAAGCUCAGUUGGAGAAAGUCUCCGCCCAGGCACAACAAGCACAGAAAGCCAAACCUGGAGCCAAACACCAUAUGCCUGUCCGCUCAGCAGCACGCGUGUUACCUAAAGACUAUCCUGACAGAGAGCUGAUCAGUCCCUUUGCUGUUCCUCUGCUCAUCAUCGGCAGCAAAUAUGACACCUUUCAGGAAUUUGACUCUGACAAAAGGAAAUUGGUUAGUAAAACACUGCGUUUUGUUGCCCACUACUACGCAGCAUCUCUUGUUUUCACUAGCAUCAAGACAGAAAGCCUUAUGUCAAAAACCAAGAGCUUCUUCUCCCACCUGGCCUUCGGUCUGGACAGAGUGAAAAGCGUGUCCUUGGACUGUACCAAGCCUCUCAUCGUUCCAGCAGGUUCUGACUCCUUCAGCCAAAUAGGUUCCCCUCCUACUACUGAUGUAGACAUUACGUCGCUGCAUGCUAAAAACCCAAAGGACCUCUGGAAGAAAGUCUACGAGCGUGUCUUCCCCCAAGAGAAUACCAGUGAGCAAAGGGAACUAAAGGAUCCAGCCAAAGACCCACAGUACGGUGAGCCUCAGAUUGAUGCCAUGAGAGCCCAAAAAGACCAGGAGUUGGAUCAGUAUAAAAGGGAUGCCGCUAAGUCAUGGAAAGGACUGGAGAUGGACACAUGAGAGAUACUCGGCUUAAUUUAUUUCUUUUAGUGUCAUUGUUUUUUUUAAACAACAAAACAAUUUGUAUACCAAUGAUAACAUUUAUCUAAAAAUAAACAGUUCAACAUUAUUAAAAUAAGCAUCACUUCCUGUUCAUAAUAGAUUACAAUUACAAUAUCUAUACAAAAACAUAAUACAUGCAAUU